AUGAUCAUGAGCUCGUAUUUGAUGGAGUCUAACUACAUUGAUCCGAAAUUUCCUCCAUGCGAGGAAUAUUCGCAAAAUAACUACAUCCCUGAGCAUAGUCCAGAAUAUUACAGCCGCGCAAGGGAGUCUGGCUUCCAGCAUCACCAUCAGGAGUUAUAUCCUCCGCGGGCGAGCUACCAGGACCGCCAGUUUAACUGUGCAAGCAUCCCUGAACCUGACUCGCCAAGGGGACAUGGAGUACCCCAAUCUGCGCACCUGGUGGUAGGGAAAGGGCAACCUGCUUCCUGUGAAACCCCACAGUUGUCCAUGUCCCCCGCCACCCCACCGGCCGCAACCUCCGCCUGCAACCAAGCUACCCCGGAGCAUCCAAACAGCACAGCCUCCUCCAAGCAGCCCGUGGUGUACCCAUGGAUGAAGAAAAUUCACGCCAGCAAUGUUUCGGGUUACAAUGGGACGGAGACCAAGCGGUCUAGGACAGCAUACACCCGGCAGCAAGUCUUAGAAUUGGAGAAGGAAUUCCACUAUAACCGAUAUUUAACUCGGAGGAGGCGCAUCGAGAUCGCCCACACCCUGGUUCUCUCCGAGCGACAGAUUAAAAUCUGGUUUCAAAACCGCAGGAUGAAAUGGAAAAAGGACCACAGGCUCCCCAACACCAAAGUGAGAUCCUCUUCCUCCUCCUCUGGGUCCAACACAAGCUCAGCAGCCGGCGCUGUUGCCGCUGCCUCGGCCACUAACACUGGGGCCCCCGACGAACUCUCCGGAGCACAGCAAGGCGAGGAUAUUACCAGGUUAUAA